AGUUCGGUGGCGGCAAUCACGGCGCAGCGGGCGGGUUUGGUGGGUUUGGCGCGAGCGCGGCACCGGGCGCAGGGUCGGGCGGCGCAGGGCAGGGCUACGGCAGCCCGUUUGGCGGGCAGGGCGCGAUGCAGAGCUCGACAGGAGGCGGAUCGGGCACCCCUGGAGCCAAGCGCAACUACCUGCCGGGUUACCUCUCGGGUGGAGCGGCCACGCAGCAGGCCGAGUCGACGCCUCCUCAAGCCGCAGCCGACGACCGCUCGUGGGACUCGCCCGCGAGGAGGACCUCCGUCUCGGGCUCGCCCGUGACCCGGUUCGGCGGCGGGAGCCUCUUUGGCGGUCGCGACAGCAGCACGCCGUCCAAGUCGCCCAAGUUUGCGCCGUACACGGCCCCUCCGCGAGCGAGCGCGUACAAGCACGAGGUCGAGGAGGACGCGCCGCCGGUCGCCUCGCUCAACGAGUACGACGGCGCGGACCAGUCGGGCCUGCAGACCGACUCGAGCAUGAACGGCUUGAGCCGCUCGCCCGCCAACGACCCUACCGCCUCGCCUUUCGCCUCGUCUUCCGUCCUCGCCCACCCCGGCUCGUCCACCUCGUCGUCGUCCAAGGGCUACGCCGUCCACGUCUUUGGCUUCCCGGCCUCGGCGCUCGAGCUCAUCCUCGAGCACUUUGCCCAGUUCGGCGACGUCCUGUCGUCGUCGCCGUCGACCGAGGGCGGCAACUGGGUCACGGUCGUGUACGCCCAGCCGUGGUCGGCCGCCCGUGCGGCGCGCAAGAACGGCGACGUGCUCGGCGGCGUCCUCAUGGUCGGCGUCAAGGCCGUCGACGAGGACGGGCUCAAGCGUGCGCUCGCCGGCGGCGAGGCGAGCGGUGAGACGAGCAGCGCGCCGUCGCGGCCCCAGUCGGCGCCGGUCGGCGCAGGAGCGACGCCUGGCGGGUCGUCGGGCGUCGGUCGUCCCGCCAACGUGCUCGGCCCGCAGGCGGCGUUCAAAGCGCAGCCGACGCCGACGCGCAAGGGCUUCCUCGGCCUCGGCGGGACGCCAGGUGCGGCGGCGACGAGCGGUGGCGGCG